UUCCUUGUAUGUAUGGAUUACUUGGGUUGUUACCAACAUCUGAAUUUCAGGAGGCGAAGGUGUGGCCUCGCAAGAACAGCAACACAGGAUGCAUGUACACCUCAUAUAGCCUGAUCAGAGCAUCCAUCUGCUCUAUUACAGUGACUGUCUGCACUUGGACAAUGGUGCCAACGCUCCUAUUGUGGCUCCUCAUCCUAAUUGCCUCGCUCAAGCCCUCAGAAAGCCACGGUCACGACUUUGAAGAGGUGAAGGACUAUGAGGUGGUUCGACCCGUCAGACUUAGCACAGUUAGAAAGAGACAUGCAGAGCAUCUCAGGCCAGAGACUGUUAAGUAUGGAAUGACGGUGGGAGGACGAGACAUUGAAUUGCAACUCGAAAGAAAUAAGGAAUUACUCACCAAAGACUACACUGAGACUUACUACCAAGAAGAUGGGACUCGAGUCACCACAACUCCAAAUGACGUCGAUCACUGCUACUAUCAUGGCAGCAUUGUGAACGACAGCCAAUCGUCUGUCAGCAUCAGCACUUGUGAUGGACUCAGGGGUUACUUCAGAACGUCAGCCCAGAGGUACCUGAUUGAGCCCCUCUCUGGCGGCGAUGAGGGGGACCACGCGGUGAUGACCGUUGAUGACAAGAACUCCACACCUGCAAUGUGCGGCGUCACCAACACCAGCUGGAGUGACGACUUCGAACCCCAAACAAGCCGGAGCCGCUCCAGAUCAGCGGGUAUAUCUAUCGUCCAGAAACAGAAAUACCUUGAGCUCUACCUUGUUGCUGAUAACCGUGCGUACUUGAAGAUGAAGCGAAAUCGGACAGCGAUGAGAAACCGGAUAUUUGAAGUUGUCAACUUUGUCAAUAUGGCCUACAAGCCUCUGAGGACCUUCGUUGCUCUGGUGGGGCUGGAAAUCUGGUCCAGUGGUGACUUGAUCUCUGUGACCCCCCCGGCCGGGGCCAACCUGAACGCUUUCAUGAAGUGGAGGAACUCUGAGCUGAUGAUGAGGAAAAAGCACGACAACGCACAUCUCAUCAGUGGUAUUGACAUUGAAGGAACCACCGUGGGGCUGGCUUUCAUUGGGACUCUUUGCUCAGCUCACUCUGUUGGAGUUGUACAGGAUCACAAUGACCGGGCCAUUGCAGUGGGAGCAACUCUGGCCCAUGAGAUGGGCCAUAACCUGGGCAUGAACCACGAUGACUCCAGCGGCUGUGUUGGUUCUGGUGAUAGCUGCAUCAUGGCUGCAGCAGUCAGCCGGAAUAUUCCUCGGACCUUCAGCAACUGCAGCACCAACAGCUAUGAGAAAUACUUGCUGAACCGCAGCCCGAGCUUGCUGGACAAACCAGACUACAGCACGCUGGAGGCCCCGUCGUUCUGCGGCAACGGCUUCGUGGAGAAAGGAGAACAGUGUGACUGUGGCAGCUUGGAGGAGUGCACCAACCCGUGCUGCAACGCCACCAUCUGCACACUGAAGGAGGGUUCACAGUGUGCUGAGGGAGAGUGCUGCGAAGACUGUAAGGGUCAAUCUUGCCCUCGGUCCCAGGAGUGCCGCCGGCGGCAGGAUGAUUGUGACCUGGCAGAGUUCUGUGACGGGAAGAACGCCACCUGUCCCGAGGACGUGUUUACUGUGAAUGGCGUCUCGUGUGAUGGAGGUCUGGGGUACUGCUACAACGGCCAGUGUCCACAGAGGCCAAACCAGUGUGUCAAACUGUAUGGACCUACUGCUACAGACGCUCCGUCCUGCUACACCCGGAACACCAGAGGAACCUACUACGCCUUCUGCAGACGCCCCGAUGAAAACACAUACAUCCCCUGUCAGAAAAGAGUGAGUCUCAGCUAG